AUGGUAUGAUCUGACACUGCGUAUGUGAAGCGUGAGGUAGUCGAGAAACUUCACGAAUUCGGUUAGAUAGAUGUUAAAAAAAACAGAUAAAAACUUUCCGAUGUAACUCAUAACUGAUAGCAGUAUCAUGCCCAGGAAGAAGCCGUUUAGCAAUAAACAGAAGAAGAAGCAACUUCAAGUGAAGCGGGAGAGAAGAAGAGGGGACACUGGCUUCAUUGGCAACAGUCGAAAUGCGAGUUGUGAACGAGUUAAGGAGAGAGACGGACAGUCGGACACGACAGAUAGCGAGACUACGGACGUGAAGAGGAUCAAUCAGCAACCAGCCGAGAGAGAUGGGACCUAUGACCUGAACAGAUUCCGCUUGCACUUUGAGAGGGAGAGCAAGGAGGAGAUCGAGAGACGGAAGGGAGUAGCCAGAGAGAGGAUUCUUCGCUCGGUGGCAGAGAAGGAUCUAGAGAUGGAUAUCAAUGACAUCUAUCCAGCAGAGAAACGUCUGGAUUUUCCACGCAGACCUUCCUGGCAUUAUGGGAUGGCUCGUGAAGAGCUCCUCAGGAAGGAAGAGAAGUCAUUCCGGGAGUUCCUGACAGCGCUACAUGGUCGCAAUGAGCUGAGAUCCCUUAGCCACUUUGAGCACAACCUAGAGACAUGGCGACAGCUGUGGAGAGUGUUGGAGAUGUCAGAUGUUGUCCUGCUCAUUGUAGAUAUCAGAUAUCCAGUUCUCCACUUCCCUCCAGCUCUGUACAAUUAUGUCACCAACGAGCUUCACAAGCAGGUGAUCCUGGUUCUGAACAAAGUGGACCUUUGCCCCGCUCCUCUGGUCCUGGCCUGGAGACACUACCUGUCGUCCCGCUUCCCCAGUCUGCACUGUGUCUGUUUCACCUCUCAACCAGGGCAGGCUUAUGACACAGUGCUUCAGAAGAGGAGGAGGAAGAAGAAGCUUGGCUGGAAUCAAGCAGCAGGGCCUGUACAGAUCCUGCGAGCCUGUCAGGACAUCGUUGCUGGGAGAGUGGAUCUAAGUAGCUGGGAGCAGAAGAUACAGAGAGAUGUUUCUACUAGCUGCCUGGAUGAGGAUGUACCAGAAGACGUGCAGACUGUGUUGGUGGAGCACCAGAGCGAUGUUGCCAUGGAGAUGCAGAGCUCUUCCCAUGAGCUCUACAAAGAUGGGGUGUUCACCCUUGGCUGUAUUGGAUUCCCGAAUGUGGGAAAGUCUUCUGUGUUAAAUGGCCUUGUGGGAAGGAAGGUAGUGAGUGUAUCACGCACGCCAGGCCACACAAAGUACUUCCAGACUUACUAUCUGACCCCCACCGUCAAGUUGUGCGACUGUCCUGGCUUGGUUUUCCCCUCGCUCGUGACCAAGCAACUGCAGAUCUUGGCUGGCAUUUACCCGGUGGCUCAACUCCAGGAACCCUACAGCUCUGUGGGCUACCUGUGUGAAAGGACCCCCUUCCACUCUGUCCUUAAGCUCAAACACCCCAACCAGGAAGGGGGGGAUUUAGGAGGAGAGGACCAAUGGACAGCCUGGGACGUGUGUGAAGCCUGGGCUGAGAGGAGAGGGUACAAAACAGCCAAGGCGGCCAGGAACGACGUGUACCGAGCUGCAAACAGCCUUCUGCGGCUGGCCAUAGAUGGCAGGAUCUCCCUUUGUCUCACCCCCCCGGGGUACUCGGUCCAGAGAGCUGCGUGGGAGUCCCACCCGGAUCUCUCAGAAAUAAUCACUCUACAAGGUAGGAAUGAUGAAGAAGGGCUGGGAGAAAGGGAUGAAGAGGAUGGUGAGUCUAGCUCGGAGCCGGAAGAGGAAGGGGAUCGGGAUGCAGAUGAAGAUGAUGAUGACAGCGAUGAAGAGGAUGACAGCCUCAGGAAUCCCUUGUGGAAGGGAGGCCUCCAGGCCAAGCUGAAGGCCAACAUGUUCAGUGUCCUGGGAGAGAAUGAGUGUGAAUGAGGACCAAAGGACGGCCUUUCUCAUCUAGCUUCCAGUUCAUCUCCCCCCCACUCUGACAUUCAUUCCUGAUGCUUUCCUGACUACAUUUUUCAGACAUUCCCAUCCUGUCACAUGUUGUGUUCCUGUUUGACAAAUGCCUUUUAAAUCCCAAGCUCACUCCCAUGAAUCAGUCUCUGUCCCCCGCCUCAGACACACUCCUUCCCAUUCUGAAAGAAUCACGCUGAGUUGCCAGACCGAGCCCUUAUUUUUCCCAUAAAAAUGUUAGCAUCUGCCCAGUGUCUUUCCACAUCUCCAGCUUUCCACAUUUGAUUUGGCGCGUUGCAGUAUUGUGCAUUAUUUAAUGAAUUUGUCUGUCCUCUUGGUUCACAAAGUCCCAGAUGAUGCAAUCAUUGAUUGGUUAACAAUCAGUAAUCUUGCCAAAGGCCCAUUUGAUGCUUUCCAGGGACAGAUCAGUUUCCUGAAGCCCUGGAUGCUGGUGUGGGGGCUUCUAGUCCUUUACUCUAUAGUUGAAGUAGUGUUAUAGCUACAGCAGCACUGUAUAGCUCUCUGUUGUCCACAGGACUUUAUUAUGCCAUGUAACUUUUCGUGCAUGGUUGUACAGGUCUUGUAUGAACUUCCGCAGUACCGAGCAGUAGUUCUGUGGUGCCUUGCACAUUUUUUACUGCAAUGCAGUACUAUAUUACAAUGAUAUAGUCCUGUAUUACCAGAUAUUUGCUGAAAUGUAUUGCACUGUAUAACGUACAGUAGUGCUGUGCUGGGCCUACUUUUCAAAUCUGAGUCGCAUUACUCUGGUGUCAUGCUCUGUGUGAAGUGUGAGACUAACCUGAGUUUGGGUUCAGCGUUCAUGAUUGCAUUCCUAACAUACCUGAGUGAAAGAACUGGAUAUUUUCUGCAAUAAAAUGAAUGCAUUGGCAUGA